AUGGCAAGAAAUGCUCAAGUCUCUUCCAAUAGACAGCCUAGACGUAAAUUGGCGACAGCAAAAAAGUUGCCUAGGCGUAGUAAUGUAUCAACCUCAAGUAGUGGUACUCCUUCGACGAGAAGAUCUAGGCCUGGAGAUCCAGUGGCACCAGCAAAACCUAGAAGGUACCGACCCGGAACAGUGGCUUUACGUGAAAUCCGACAGUAUCAAAAGUCUACUAAUCUCCUUUUGAGAAAAUUACCAUUUUCGCGCGUGGUUAGAGAGAUUGCCAUAGAACUUAUGGAACCAGAUGCUACCGUAGGUUAUCGAUGGCAAUCAUCUGCAAUCUUGGCCCUUCAAGAAGUUGGAUCAUUAUUACUGAAGUUAAAAGAUUACUAUUUAUUCAAAUAUAGCAAUUUGUGUGCUAUUCACGCGAAACGCGUCACGAUUAUGCAAAAGGACAUUCAACUUGCCCGAAGAAUUCGUGGUGUUUGGGGAG